UGUAUAUUGUUGCAGUUCCCAGAUCGCAGAACCCGCCGCCCCGCACAAGCGCACCCACGCCGAGCGAGCCCGAGCCCCCCCUCGCGCCCGCAUACUGCCCCGGCCCGAGCACCCAACCGCUGAAGGCCCCCGAGACAAGCACCCUCAUCCACCCACUUGCUGCGCGCGACAACACAUCAGUCGAGAACCAACCAUGGAGCCAUCCAAAGCCCUAUCCAGAGUCACCAUCGUUCCUUCCCACCCGCCUGCCAAACAUCCAGACCGUGUAUCAAGCUGGGAUGUGCCUGGGCGUUAUCGUUAUUUUGGCCAGGGGGGAAUGCGGGUGAUGGAACCGAAUAUGGAUCUCAUGGAGGACAUGUUGCAGUGGGGUCCCGAUGUUAUAAUCCUCAGCCUCGGGGGAAAUGACAUCACCGCUAGCUGUCAGCCCCGGGACAUAGGUUUGGCCAUCCUCGGAUUGUGCCGGAUGGUGAAAGCCAGAGGUGUCGCCACCGUAGUGGUGGCUGCCAUAUGUGGUCGUUGGGUGUUUAGAGACCCCGCCUUAACGCCAGAUCAGUUUUCCAGAAUAGGAAAUGCGGUUGCUAAGUACGUUAUGAGGUAUUUCCCAGUAUCAUCGAUGAUGUAUGUUUGUGAGAGGGAUGUUCAUUGGACGAGAGACGGGGUGCAUUUGAGUGCUGCGGGGCUGGAGGAGUACUUGAACAGUCUGAGAUUGAAGCUGAUGAGGAUUUUACCUUCCAAGGAUUAAUUAUCUUGUAUAUGAGUGUGUGUGCAAUGUUUAAUGUUAAAAUAAAGGAUUUAAGGUUAAAUAAAGGAUUGAAAUAAU